CGCAGCCAGCCAGCCAGCCAGCCACUAAUCCCCAACGCCCUUUCCUCGCUCCGCCUCCCCCCAUCCCUCUCUCUAGAAGACUCAUCGCCGCGGCCGCCAUUCCCGUCCGCCUCCUCCUCCUCCCCUCCAGUAAACCCUAGCCGCCGAACCCCCAGCCCCCCCACACCAGCGCCCGAAUCCGUCGCCCGCCGCAGUCCCGCUCGACCCAGGGCUCGCCGUUUCCGCCGAUCUUUUUCGAGGGGCAAAUUUUUCUCCCGGGGCGAUUUCUGCCUUCAUCCGGUGGAGACAUGGGGAGCCGGAGGGAGGAGGAGAGGAACGAGAAGAUCAUCCGCGGCCUCAUGAAGCUGCCGCCCAACCGCAAGUGCAUCAACUGCAACAGUGUGGGGCCACAAUAUGUAUGCACCAAUUUCUGGACCUUUACAUGCUUGUCAUGUAGUGGGAUACACCGUGAGUUCACUCACCGUGUUAAAUCAGUGUCAAUGUCUAAAUUCACUACCCAAGAAGUGCGGGCUCUUGAACAGGGUGGUAACCAGCGAGCACGUGAUAUCUACCUAAAAGAUUGGGAUUGGCAGCGAAUGAGGUUGCCUGACAACAGCAAACCAGAUAGGAUAAGGGAAUUUAUCAGAACUGUUUAUGUAGACAAGAAGUAUGCUGGUGCGAAGUCCACCGACAAACCAGCCACUGAUAGUGAGAGUGUAAAGGGCAAUGAAAGUGAAACAAGAAGACCCGACUCCUAUCAUUCAUACUCGCAAAGCCCACCUUAUGAUUUUCAGUAUGAGGAUAGACGAUAUGGCAAGCAAGUUAACACGCUUGCUCGUAGGCCUUCGGAUAGGGCACUCUUUGAUGGGAAACUCGGCAGCCUAUUGUACAGUCCGGGUCGUUCCAGGGAUCAGAUGCAUGAAGAUCGAUUUGCUAAUGAGAGUCACGGAUCAAGAUUUUCUGACUUUUCAGCCUCAAGCACCAGUGACUUUAGAAACGAUGUGCUUUCUCCUAGCUCUCAGGAUACAGGGUACAGCAGCCCUUCUGUGCACCAUUCAAGAAAUGUAUCAGCUGAAAAUCCUCAAUCCCAAAGACAUCCAAAUGCAGUUUCACAAAUAGAAUCUAAUGGAGGUCAUCGUUCACAGCGAACAGCUUCUUCUGGAAGUUUUGGAUCGUUUGAUGGUAGCUCACCAUCUAAUAAAUCAGUUGAUUCAGGUGUCCUACCUGAUGCACCUACAGAAAGGCCAGUGCCCUCUGCUGCAAACCGUCAGAGUGGGGCAUCUUCUGUAGCUCAUUCUACACAACCGUAUGCCUUGCAGCAGAGUGCGAAUUCUUCAGCCAGCCAAAUUGCCCCCCAAGAAUCUCUGCGGCAUUUGCCUGUUUCAGCCCAACCACAACCACAACCAACGGCUUUCUCUAAUCAAGACCUCUUUGACAUGUCAACAUUGCCGCAACCCGUUGUUUGUGCACCACCAAUAGAUUUGUUUGCCGGCUUUAAUCAACAGACUGCAUCAGUUCCUAAUGGUCAUUCUGAUGUUGUUAAAGAAGCUGUGCAUAAUGCUGUGGUUCAGAAGGUUGUCACGGCUUCAGCGUCUGUAUCAGCAGAAGCAGUCCCCACAUCUCAUCCUGUGCACCAAGAUCUCUUCAGUCUGUCAAUAGCGCAGGACUCAGCAACUUCUUCUUCCCCUCCGUCAGUGGAUCUGUUUGCUGGCUUUGACCAACAGCUGCCACCUACGUCUAGUGUUCAUCAUAUUACACCAGCAGCUCCAUUGCCUGCUAAUGAAGGGUGGGCAUUCUUCGACACACCUCAAUAUGGUUCGUCAACUUCUGUUUCAAAUGUGCAAUCUCAGGUGCCUGCUGCAUUGCCAAGUGUUGUUGCCAAAGCAAUUGAUCAAUCAACAUUGCCAAAUUCACCACCAAGUGCCAUCAUGUCACAAACAUCUCCGCCUACUAUGGACCAGUGGAGUUUAAAUGCUGAAGAGGUGAAGAUCCCUGUCUCGAAGGAAAACUCCCAGGACUGGAAUGCCUUUGGUGAAUCCACUGGGAACAUGCCUAAUAAUGUGUUUGCAUUCAAUGAUAUGCCUCAAGUAGCACCUCAUCAGUUUGCCAUACCCGGUGUUCCAUACAUGGGAUCCAGAACUUCGCAGGACUUGGCUAGGGGUGAGCCUGAAAGGUCAACUCCUGGGGAUAUAUUCCCUGGCUUCAAUGUCUCUCCUGGUGUCCUGGCUGAGCCAUCAUUUCCUGCACCACUUCAAUCCCAACUGGACAUGGUGUCUCAGGCUGGAAAAUCAACAAAUCCGUUUGACAUGGCAUUUGAGUCUGAUGUCGAAGCCAACGACAUGUUUAUGGAUUUGACCUCACUACAAGCAACAUUGCCGGAUCCUCAUGUUCCCGCAGACUACUCCGGCAACUUAACCGAGCCAUGGAUGCCUCAGAAUUCUACGGUGCCAUAUAUUCCUUCUGCAUCUCAGGAAAGAGAGUUUUAUUCCAUAAUCAGAGGGUUACAAUCGAGAGGCACCAACUCCUCAAUACAAGGAGGGUUGUCAUACAUCCCGGGGCAAGUACAAGACUCCCAUAUGCUGAACUCGGCACAGCAAGGACAGUUUCCACCAAGAAAUCCGUUUGAUGAAUGAGAGUUGCUGGUGAAGAAUGGCGCUGAUGAUGAACAGAUGAGGAGAGCCGAUUUGCACCGCUCGGAACCCAAAAGGACCAUCGGAUGUACUAUAUGCUUGAAACCAGAAACAACACAGUAGAUAUCUUUCGAUUUCACUGCCUCGCUCUCAGCUCUCCUGUAUAUUGCUAGAAAGGAAUGUGCAGAAUUCUAUAUGGCCGGUGCGCUGGAGUCUUUUCACCUGAAGCAAAGCUGCUGUGUCCUUCUGCUCUGUUGUAUAUUGCUGUGUGGCGGUUUUGUGAAAACCAUGAGUUUGCUUUCA